AUGGCAGAUCAAGUAAAUCCAAAAAUACAUCCAGCCGUCGUCGACCCCAAAACGCCACCGCCGGAGGGUUCAAUGUCCGAAAAAGGCGAUCUCCGGCGGACAUUCCCAGUGGUGCAUCCAAAGAAAAGAAGAAGUUUUUGUUGCAGGUGUUUUUGUUGGACAGCUUUCCUUCUCAUACUUCUAUUGAUUAUUAUUGCAGCUGUGCUUGGUAUUCUCUAUCUAGCCUUCCAUCCAAAGGUUCCAUCAUACACCAUUGAUCACAUAAACAUCACUGACUAUUCUAUAAACACAGAUUCAAGCCUUUCUGCUAAAUUUAUAGUCAGGCUUAAGUUCUAUAACCCUAACAAGAAAAUAGGAAUAUAUUAUGAAGAUGGAAGCAAUCUUACUUCAUGGUAUACAAACACAAAACUCUGUGAAGGGUCUUUGCCAACAUUUUAUCAGGGUUACCAGAAUACAACUAUCCUUGAUGUUGAAUUAAAUGGUGAAAUUCAAGAUGGAAUGACUGUUCUGCAGGAAUUAUAUCAGCAACAACAAAAUGGUAGCAUUCCAUUGAUUCUUGAUGCUAAAGUUCCAGUCAAGGUAAAGCUUGGAAAAUUGAAGCUGAUGAAAGUGAAGAUCCAUGUAAGGUGUAAUGAGGUGGUGAAUAGCUUGACUUCGAAUAAUUUGAUUAGUGUUAAAACUAGUAGUUGUAAAUUGAAACUUAAGCUUUAGUACUUUAAUUUCUUCCUUUUGUUCAUUUAUUUUUUCCUAUUUGUUCUAUCAUGAAUUUUAGAUUAGAGGGAAUUUUGAUAUUUUUCCCCAAAGGAAGAGGAGUUUAGGUAUAUAUGCUUCCCUUUC